AUGCUGUCUGGCCUAGCUGCAUCUCUGGGCCUGCUGCCAUGCAACGUGGGCUCUGUGCCAACCUACAGCCGUGUCAACGUGGAGUCAGUCAUCGACGUGACGUUUGCUCGCUUUCCACCGAAUGCAAGCCCCCCAGUAGCGAAUUGGUCCGUCCUCACGGAGCUCAACUCAGCAAGCGACCACUUCUACGUGGAGUUUACCGUGGCCAACUCAUCCGCUAUCCCAACUUUGGCGCCGGUCGUCCGCAUCAAGAAACUCUCCCCUGAAGCCCUCGAGGAACACUGGAGACGAGCCAGGGAGGCCUCACUCCCACUACCACCAUCCGCGUCCGCGGCGGAUCACGUGGCACACCUACAACCGUUCCUGGUCGACUCCUGCGACGCCGCGAUGCCGCGCAGAACCUCAUUCCAGGAAAAAAUAGCGGUGCACUGGUGGUGCAAGGAAAUUGCAGACUUGCGGAAAACCUCCAUCGCCGCCCGCAGGCAGUACCAGCGCGCGGGACGCCGGGCAGAUACCUCAGACCGAGAAGCGGCCUUUAUAACGUACAACCAAGCCAGAAAACAGCUGAGACUCGCUAUCAGGAAAUCGCAGGAAGCAAGUUGGAAGGAGCUCUGCGACAGGGUAGAAAGUGACCCGUGGGGCGUACCUUACAGGCUGGUGAUGAAGAGGCUCGGAAGCCGUUUCCCAACCAUGGCCGCACUCACAAUCGCGCGCGGCCUAUUCCCAGCGUCACCGCCGAUCGAUUGGACGGAGAUCCCGAUCACAACAGGAGAAUCUACAGAGCUCGUUCCACUUGAGGAAGAGGCGCCGUCAUUCACAAGGGAUGAACUGAAGCUGGCGGCUGGGAGAUUUCCAUCGGGGAAGGCACCUGGACCCGACCUGGUCCCGAACGAGGUGAUCAAGAUGGCAGCAUUCAGGCAUCCGGGGAUCUUCCUCACCGCGUACAAUGCCUGCAUUCAGUCGGGACACUUCCCAGCUCGCACAAGGGUCAAUCUAAGCCCCUCGACCAACCGUCAAGCUACAGGCCCAUAA